CCACAACUACCACGACGGACCUUCUGUCUGCGACCAUGACCGCUUCUCACCCAUCAUCUCGUCACGCGUGAUCGUACUAGACACCACCUUCCUGUCGUCGCCGUCAUGGCAAAGAGCCGCCAGCUCAAGGCGACGCCGGCGGCAGCAUCAUCGCCUGCGUACGACUACCUGCCGCCUCACAACGCGAGACCAGGACCAUCGCAUUCCCCCAAUGCAAACACCAACAAGCCGCUCCCCAAGGUCACUUACCGCAAGCCACCGCCAUCGAGCGCAGCGGCUGCGGGAGGCAGUAGCAGCAGCGCCUUUUCAAAACCUCUCCCUCCUCCCGACCCAUCACCUGUUCGUCCUCGUCCUCCCCGUCCGGACAGUGCCAUGUCCACCUCGACGGCCUACUCGGCGCGUGGAGCCAUCGUACACACCGCCAGUAGAGCGGUGCCGGUGAAAAAGGGCAAAGUGCUCAAUGUCAGGAGAGGUAGCAAUCGCGAACAGGAGCGCUCCUCCUCAUCUUCGCCUCCGCUCGAACGGCCGCCUUCAGAUCGAGAUAGUCUGGCGUCCUUGACAGAUGACGGCGGCCAAGGCGACGCCGCUUCAGAGUACGAUCCGGAUGAGGCAGUGGUACUGCAAGAGCAGCCGCGACGUCGAGGGCCACCAGCAAAGCUCGACGUAGCUAGAGCGAGAGCAACAACAAACUACGAUAGCCUACCAUCGCCCCAGGCGUCGCUCAACUAUCCGAGCCCGACUGAGGGAGUGGGGCGGUCCACCAAAAGCAAUUCGACGCUCAGCAUCAAUGUCGCAGGCAUGAGCACGAGCGCUAGUCAUGGCAGCGCAGGAACUGGAAAAGGCCUGCCGAAACGAGCUUCCAAGAGCGCUACGACGGCGCUGCCACAGAUGCCCCAGCGCAGCCCUUCGACGUACAGCGGAGACGGUAGCGCUCCCCAGACGACCGGGCAAUGGGCAUCCCUCGUGGAAGAGCCAGACUCAUUCGAGACAGAUGCCAAUCUCGCAAAACUGGCAGCUUGGUCUGCCUCGACGAGCUCGCAGCCCAAGCAGGCAGUCGAGGCGGCGCGGCCACCACAGCCUCGAGCCUCGCAGAAUGGGGCGCCACGCAGCACGGCGUACCUCCUCAACUCGCUCCUCUCCUCGCAAGCGUCCAUCGAGAUUACCUCUUCCUUCACACAACCGCCCUUUGCAUCCGUCGAAGACUAUGAGUUUGCCAAGCGCGAGCUCAAACGUCUGCAGGAUCGACUGUCAGACAAAAAGUCUCGCCUACGCACACUCAAGAGGGUGCGAGGAGCAGUCGGCAAGCUGGCAAAGGCAUCGUCACCUAGCCGAUCAACCAGCAUCAACGGCAUCAACACGCCGCUCGGCACCCUCUCAGAGUUGCCCGCCUCGUCUUCAGACUUGAGCGUCGCAUCCACGGCCGCACGCUCGCGCAAACCUACGCUCACAUCGUCUCACCAACACUCGCGCAACCUAUCCAAUGUCACGAGCUUCUCGACGACGACCGAAUCUCUUGGCCCAGGAGGGUCAUCUGCGGCAUUCGAGUCGGCAGCUGAGCAGGUCGACAGGAUCGUGGAUGAGGUCAUGGUGUUGCAGGACAAGAUUGACACGCUCAAGACGAGGAUGAGGGAGCACGUAGCGAGAGUGCUACUCGAGAGGUGCGAGGCGCUGGAGAGCGGGGGUCAUGAGCCGGAGCAGCAGCAGCAGGGCGACGAGGAGGCAACGAGUGGCGCAUCGCGCGCAGAGCUCGAGGAGGCAACGAGUGGCGCAUCGCGCGCAGAGCUCGAGGAGGUCCGUCAGCGGCACGAGGAGACGCAAAGGACCCUCGCCGAGCUGCAAAUGUCCCACGAACAGGCUCAAAGCACGCUCAGCCAGGCGCAGCUGUCCUUGUCCGAGCGCGACAGCGCUCUUGCGGCAAGCAAACGAGCCAAUGCCGACCUCCAAGCCCGCCUCGAUGAGCUUGAGCGCAACGGGCGUGCCUCUUCGGCUCGUCAGGCCAAGCUCGAGGCAGAUUUGGCCUCCUCACAAAGUCAGCACGAAUCCCUCUCCUCUACGCUCUCCUCACUGCGCUCCGAGCACGACGCGCUACGUGGCAAGCACGACACUGUCACUCGCGACUUCGAGGCUGCGAGAGCGACGCAAGGCGACUCAUCCUCUCAAGCUGCGGCGGCCCAAGCCCGCUACGAGGAGCUCGAACUCGCCGUCUCUGCAGAGCGCAAGAUCAUGGCUGAGCGCGACGCCCUCUUCCACGCCUUCGAGGCGCGACUGGAGCGAGCAGAAGGUACUCUUCGCGAGCAAGAUCGACGCUGCGCCGCAUUGUUGGGCAAGAGCGAAGGACGUGAAGAGCUCGACGAUUUCCUGGCCAAAAUCAGAGGUGGCGGGGCCAAGGCAAAGGAGAAAACAGCCGGUCAGGACAUCGAUGCGCUGCUCAGCUCUCUGGGACAACACGUGGAAGACUUGGCGGAUGAGCUGGCUCGACGUCAUCGCGACGACAGCUACAGCUUCAAUGGCGGCGCGACAGACGACUACAGUCGAGCGGACGAGCUCGGCGAGCUGCUGGAGCAGUCCCGCAGCGAAGCGACUCGACUCCGUGCGCAGGUCGAGGACAGCCGACUGCAGAUCGAAGCUCUCAACUCUACGCUCAACCGGCCAGACAGCACAUCGCGUGUAGUAUCGGCGCGUUUGUCCACCAAGCCGAUGCAUGGACGAUCCUUCUCCUCAGCCUCGUCAACGCACCAGGUGCAAGAGUUGCAAGAUCGAGUUUCAGUCAUGACGCGAGAGAACGAGGAGCUGAGGGAGCGCCUCGCUUCAAGGAGCGCGGGGUCAGACUCAUCUCUGGUCAAGGUUGGAGGCAGCGACGAUGGACGCAGCGAGUACGAUCCUCCACCGCCCUUGCCACCCCUCGUGGCUAGCUUUGAGAAGCUUCUGCCUGAAGGCUUGACGCAACGCAUGGAUCUGCAAGCCUUCCUGACGGCCAUCAAUCAGGUGCCUGCUACGAAGGCUACACCUACGAGCUCUGUCUUACUCACGCGGCUGCACACACUCAUUGAUCUGGCUCGCAUCUCGACGGAGAAGGCCAUCGCUGCGGCGGACGACGCAAAGCGCAACGAGAAAGAUGUGACUGCGCCAUCAGCUCUUCCUCGCUCUUUCGCCAAUACCCGCGUCGGAUCAGGUCAGAGCAAAGCCGCACUGCGAUCCACUGGCCUCAAGCCCAUCCAGAUCUCCAAGUCUGGCUUCCUACCGUAUCGUUCGCUAGCAGACGGGACAUCCACGCCUCCGGCAACAGCUCACAGCAACGGCUCUUCAGACGCGCCCAUUGUGCCACCCAAGAGCGCCGGCAGCCUCGUCCCGCCUCGCAGCGUGGUACCUCGUCGUUCCUUCUCAGCGCAAGACGCCGAGUCUUCUCCGCUGCCCUCGCCGUCGCAUCCUCGCCACGCGGGCGCAGAGGGUGGGACGACCGCCUUCCUUACCUCUCCCUCCGAGGCCAGCUCGACUACGCAACUGGUCUCGCGUCUUCGCUCCCUUGAAUCGCAGCUGCACACACUGCGAUCUGGCAAACGUGCGGCGAUGGAGCGCUGUGAGGCUCUCGAGGCUAAGGUUGUUGAGAUGGAGACAGAGCUCGAAGAGGGAAGGAAGAGGGAGGUGCGAUGGUUGGAGGGCAUGAAUGACGCGAGUGCAGCCAACGCUAGCACGAUCGUCGGCCAAGGAGCGGCGCCCGGUUCAAAUGCCAUGACGCCUUCGACGUCCGGUCAGCAGCUCGCGGUGAGAGGGGAUUCGCCCAAUCGCAGCCCGUCGCCGCGGCUCUUCAACAUCGCUUUGCCCGUUUUGAGCGGCUGGGGUGGUGCGGGCACGAGUGCGCCCAAUUGAUUGAGAGCCAGGAGGGAAAAGGAGAAGGGACAGCAUUCGCGGAAAUCACAGCAUCAUUUUGUCACCGUCCCCUGCCAUCAUCUAGUGUCCCUUAACUUAAUAUGUAAUUGCAACUGUGCGCAACUGCCUAUCUUCUGCCUCCCCAGUGUGAGCUGUAGUCUGACGGCAAUGCCUCUGGCUCGAGUGUCGCAAGGGUGCCGCUCGCCCCGCUGUUGCUGAGCGAGUGGGUGCGAGAGUGCGUCUGCUCGUCUGAGUCGACGUCAUCGACGUCAUCGACGUCGCCCGCUGAAUCCUCCUCCUCUUCGUCAUCCUCACUCAGGCUCAUUUGAUGGAAGAAGCGCCGAUCGACCUCUUCGGGUGGUG